UUGGCGCGGGUAUUGUCGUGAAGUCGCAAUGAUGGGAAUUUAUUUUUGCCCUGGAGAUUAGCGUAUGAUUGGAAUGUUAACUGUUAAUCAUGUAGAUCAUCAAUUCGUCUUCUCUUCCAGGAGAUUUUUACAUCUAAAGGGGGCCAACAGGAACGAAUAGACAACUGCAUCACAUUCAGAUUUGGUUCUCUGUCUCAAGUGGUCAAGGUGACAGCUGUCGUGAAGCCCUCUGGGCUGAUCCUGUACUGGACUGGUAAUUCUGACAUGCCAAAAUGAACGGGGAGAUUCCCAAUGUCCCCAUCACCACACUGGCAGGGGUGGCCAGUCUCACUGAUAUGUUACCAGAACUUCCUCUCCCAACACCUUUACCAGUAACGAUGCACAACAAGAGUUUGCUUUUCCAUCCGAAGAUUGCAGAUGAUGCAAGAGAAAUUUUGGGAACACAGGAUGAAAAUCUCAUUACACAGCUUGUCCACUCCUUACGACAAACCACAACAGACCAUAUUGAACUUAAAGACACACUUGCUGGAGAUUCAAUAGAGGGGGAAAUCCCGGAGUUGCUGAGUGGUAUCCUGAGGCGGGAUCCCAAUGUAUUCAAGGGCAAAAAGAAUUAUGAAGCUAUGCCCAGCCCUAGAGGAAUGGCAUCUGCUCAAGGGUCUGCUCAUCCACAACAACAAAUGUCUCCCUUCCAUGCUAGUCCAUAUUCCCCAUAUCAGCAGAACAACACAUCCCCGAGAUGCCCCCCUCAAACCAGUCCUGGAUGGCACCCACCUCGACAAAAUAGCCCAUAUGCCCAACAUGGAAGUCCCCACUAUCAGUCAAACACUAAUGCUUCCUCAUCUAGCCGGUACCAGCAACAAUUUAAGAAUUUUGCCUCAUCAAGUCAACAAAACUCAGUACCAGAGAUUUUGCCCACCCCUGCUAUGAAUGGGGAGCACUUCCCAGUGGCGACCUCUACACAGAGAGAAUCUACUGCAGCCAAAGGGAGCGUUUCUAAACUGAAUUGUCAACCAGUUGUGGUGUUGUCACCGGUGCAAGCCACAUCUGCUGAACAUGUGCAGUCGAAUAUGCAUUCCAUUGGGUCCAUGAGCUCCACCUCUGUACACAGGCCAGCAGCCACACCCUCCACUAGUAAGAGACCCUCCCCACCCCCACAGAGGAGGCGAUCGUCCCUUAAGGAACCUGUGGUACUCCUCCAGCCACUUGAUGCCCAGACAAUUCAGCAUCUCACUUCACCAAAACAUAGAGUGUUGGCUGCCAGAAAGAGAAAGAAAGAGAAGAAGAACAAGAGACAGCAGCAGCAGCAGUGUCUCAGUAUGGAAGAACUUCUGGAGGGUGCCACAUUCAAGAAGUUCAGCACUGCAAUAGAGAAUGUGUUUGAUUCUGUGGAAGAAGUGGACAUUGGCAGUUUUGACAUGAAUGACGAAGAAACAGUGACACCUGCUGAAAUACUAAUUGCCAAAGUUACCAUGGGGGACAUUUGCUCAGAGGCAGCAAAGCUGAAAUCCCAGGGUGUGCUAAACCAGAUUCCUGGUGAAAAGCUUGUUAAGUUAUUGACAAUUUUACAGUGGAACAUCAAAGAUGGAGCCAGACUCCUGCCAAAUAUAAACCAGGAUGAUGAUGAUGAGUCCGAGUUGUGGCGUGAGAUCACGAUGGACCGUGUGAUGCGAAGUGUAGAGGCAGGACUCACAGCCAUUUGUGUCAUGAUCGCUCCUGACAUGCCUAAACAAGUUUUCCUUGAGGAUGUCAUGGAGAGGACCAUCAUGCUAGCCAAAUUCCAGUUACACAAUACUGUGUAUCCAGAGUUUGACCCGGUCUACAGGAUAGACCCAUCGGCCAGAGAAUACAGUGGGAACUUCAAGUUAAAGAGAGCUCGAGCAGGGCAGGUCAAGAAUAAACAUACUUUGUUGUUGUACAACAAAAUGACUGAAAUCAUUGGCUAUUUUGCAGAGCUGAUCGAAAUACAAGAAUUGACUGACACUGUCAUUUUGCAGUUAUCAUCGUUAGGAGUUUCCACAUUUUUUGUGGAAAAUAUCAGUGAGUUGCAGUUGAAUGCAAUGAAGCUUGUUACUUGUAUCUUUGCAAAGUACGAUAAACACAGACAGUUGAUUUUGGAGGAUAUAUUUGCUUCACUGGCCAGACUGCCAUCAAGUAAACGAAACUUGAGAAAUUACAGACUGAAUGCUGAUGACUCUAUACAAAUGGUGACAGCACUGGCUCUCCAGUUAAUCCAGUGUGUGGUGAAAUUACCAACAAUUUCUGAGGAAGAGUCUGCACGUCCUUCAAGCCCUGAUAUCAGUAAACAGACUGACAAUGAUGUUGUGAUAGUUACCUCCUAUGAAACAUCCAUGCGAACAGGCUACAAUUUCCUUUCGGUGUUUCUCAAGAAGUGUACUGUCAAGGGAGAAGAAGAUUACAGGCCAUUGUUUGAGAAUUUUGUUCAGGAUCUGUUGUCUACGGUGAACAAACCCGAGUGGCCUGCUUCAGAGCUGCUGCUUAGUUUACUCGGCAGGAUUCUCGUGAAGCAGUUCAGUAACAAGUCUGUAGAUAUGUCUCUAAGGACAGCCUCGCUGGAGUAUCUGGGCAUUGUGGCUGCCAGACUGAGGAAGGACGCAGUAUCUAGUCAUCUGGACCAAGAGAUGAUUGAUGACAUUGUAGAUAAGAUAAAUGAUGAAGAUCGGGACUCAGAUGAUGAAAAGAAAGGAAAACCGGAUAAAGGAGAUCAAACGCAGAGUUUGCAACAUUCUAUGCUUGAGUAUUUGGCUUACAAUGGGCAAAGUGAACCAGCCUAUUUGUUUGCUCGCCAGUUCUACAUUGCUCAGUGGUACCGCGACUCGACUGUAGAAGCCGAGAACCGAAUCAAGUCCCAGUCAGAUGCCCAGGCCAAUGAUGUUGAUUUUGAUGCUACGGAGGCUGAGCGUACUACAGAGGUGCUACAGAAUGCUGAAAGGAGGAAAGGCUUCCUAUCUACACAAAUGACCACAACAUAUAAACCAUUUUCUUCAUUCAAACCUUCUCCGAGUAAGCUGGACUACAAUGAUGCCUGCCUGGUGGCUCGCUACCUAUCGUCACAGAGACCCUUCGCCAAGAGCUUUGAUAUCUAUCUGACACAGAUCUUGAGGGUGCUAAGUGAGACUGCUGUGGCUGUGAGAACAAAGGCCAUGAAGUGUUUGACAGCAGUAGUAGAGGCAGACCCAAGCAUUCUAGCAAGGGAUGACAUGAAAAGAGGUGUGAACGGCAGGUUCCUGGAUCAUUCAACAUCAGUCCGAGAAGCGGCAGUAGAAUUGGUGGGCAAAUUUAUCCUCAUCCGUCCUGAACUCAUUCGUUACUAUGACAUGUUAUCAGAGAGAAUCCUGGACACAGGAAUUAGUGUAAGGAAAAGAGUGAUCAAAAUCUUCAGAGAAAUCUGUUUGGAUCAACCAGACUUCAGGAAGAUCCCUGAGAUGUGUGUGAAGAUGAUUAGGAGAGUGAACGAUGAAGAGGGAAUAAAGAAACUGGUCAAUGAAGUGUUUCAUACCAUGUGGUUUACUCCUGUACGAGGAAGAAGCAAAGAUGAGAGCAGUCUACUUCAAAAGGUUGUCAACAUAACAGAAGUGGUUGCAGCUUGUAAUAAAGACACUGGGCUUGAUUACUUUGAGCAGCUGUUGGACAAUCUUUUGAAGGGCACUGAAGAUGGGAAGGAGGGUAAAGAUGCUGCCGUCAGCAGGAAUGCCUUGACAGCCUGUAAACAGAUUGUUGACUGUCUGGUAGAAAAUGUACUGAGGAUAGAAGAGAAAACAGUUGAAUUAACAGAGGGGAAAGCCACCAGCAGCCAUAGGCUUGUAGCCUGUUUGUCAACAUUACACUUGUUUAGUAAAAUCAAACCUGAGCUGAUGGUCAACCAUGCCACAACGCUUCAACCUUACUUAGACAUCAAGUGUAGUUCCCAGGGGGAUUACCUGGUGUUACACUGUGUGGCCCGCAUCCUAGAGCUGGUUGUACCCCUGAUGGAUCACCCCAGUGAGUCUUUCCUUGCCACUCUGGAGGAGGACAUGAUGAAGCUGAUCCUCAAACACGGCAUGAUGGUGCUACAAAGCUGUGUCAGCUGUUUAGGUGCUGUGGUCAAUUGUGUGACUCACAACUACAAACUGGUCAAAGAUUGUUUCCAGAAAUUCUUUGGCUUUCUUUCUAAGGUGUUGGCUGAUCACAAGUCAGACCCAAACACACCUUCCCCACCUAAGAUGAAGCCAACUCUGUUGAGAUCUCUGUUUACUGUUGGAUUGCUCUGUAAACAUUUCGAUUUUGACUCAAAAGAAGUUGGAGAAACCAAGGUCUGUGUCCGAGAAAAAGUAUUUGAAGUGCUAACUUAUUUCUUGUCUCAUGAAGACGAAGCGGUUAAGCAUAAAGCCUUGAAUGGGUUAGGGUUAUUGUGUAUUAGACAUUAUGAAUUCAUGUUGGGAAAGACCUUGAAGACGUUGUAUGAUGAACUGCUCAUGAAUGUAGAUGCACCAAUCCUUCUCAAAAUUCAGGUUUUGAACAACUUACAAGCAUAUCUUGUGGAAGAAGAAGUAAGGAUGGCCAAAGCUGAUGCAGAAUGGAGGAAAGUGGCCAAAAAGGAAGACUUAAAAGAAAUGGGAGAUGUUCAGUCAGGAAUGGCCAGUACAAUCAUGCAGAUCUAUCUGAAGCAGACACUAGAGGCAUUCUUCCAUCCCGAUCCUCAGGUUCGAUUGGCAGCUCUCAAUGUGAUAAAUCUUAUUCUGAGGCAGGGGCUGGUGCAUCCAGUACAGUGUGUGCCAUACCUAGUGAGUAUGGGAACAGAUGUAGAAGCAACCAUUAGGAUUAAAGCUGAUCAACAGCUUCAGGAAAUUGAGAAGAAGUAUCCUGGCUUUAUCCAUAUGAAGGCCCUGGCUGGGAUGAAGAUGUCUUUCAGAUUACAGCGUUUGUUGUUUCCGGAUCUUUCCAAACCUAUCCGAGGAUUUCGAGAGGAGGACUCGUGCCUGAGUCUGAACGCUUACCUGUACACAGUGCUCAGGACCAAUCGCUCCCAAAGGAGGGGCUUCAUCCAAACACUCCUCAAUCUGUUUGACGACUCUGCGAAAGUGUCGCUGAAGGAGCUGAUCUAUGUUGUGGACAACCUGGCCUUCUUCCCUUACCUGACCCAGGACGAACCACUGUUUAUCAUCCACCAGAUAGAAGUCAUUGUGUCUGUGUCUGGCUCCAACCUCAUGCAGACUUUCAAAGAGAUUCUGUACCCUUCUAAAAAGGAGAAUGGUAACAGUGAGACAGUGGAUGAGGAAGGUCAGAGGGUACAGGGGAACUCUUCCUAUUUGCUGGAUGGUGAUGAGGACGAGGAUGAAGACAAAAUAUUAGCCAAUUUACCAGAAAACACCCAACCUCUCCAGGAAAUCCUGCAGAUAGCCCAGGGCUGUGUGUUGUUGCUUCUACUCAAACAACACCUGAAGGACUUGUAUGGAUUUACCGACAGCAAAAUUCACCGAUACUCUCCCACUGAAGGUGCCAAAGUAAACGAUAAACCAUUGACACGUAAAGUGAACAUUCGGUUUGAACCUGAGGCGGUGCUGGAGGUCCUCACUGCCAAGCCUGAGGAGGAAGAGGAGGAGGGUGAAGCUAAGGCCAGGCAGAAACUUGUACAAGAUUAUUUAGAGUUUAAGCAGUUAAUGUUGAGUAUAGACCCUCCCGAUGAAGACGAUGAAGAUGAGGAAAGCAGACUGAGCCCCACACCCAAGAAGUCUGCCCCUGCUGGGGGAGAUGCGCCUGAGGGACAGGUGGUUAAUGGGGACGGGACGCCAGAUAAACCUGGGCCAGACGGAGAGACAGUCACACCUGUGAUACAUACAUCACAUUCACGGACCCCAAAACACCAUCAUUUCAAAAGGAAAUCAACACCACGCAGCAUUCGCCCAUCAGCCUCCCGAUCAUCAUCACAAAAGAAAAAGCCGAAGAAGAAGCGUAGGCGUUACAGUGGCAGCGGGGAUGAAGACAGCGAUGAUUAUGAUGAAAGCACCUUCCGACAGCCAUUGAAGAAAAAGGCUAAGAAGCGACGGAGACGGUUGAGUGAUAGUGAAGACGAGAGUGAUGAUGACGACCCAGAUUUUGUUAUAUAGAUGUUUUGUAUGACCUGUUACUGUGUUAUGUAUAAUUUAUACAGCAAAAUAGGCUACUAAUUGAAAGCACAACAAGAUGAUAUUUAUAGUUUGUUGUCGUUUUAUGCAAUGUAAAUUUUUCACAUCACCUUCAGAGUUGUCCUGCCAGGCAUGAAGAUUCAUCUUGUAAUAUAAACAAUACCAUUCAUACCAUUUCAUCUUUCAUAAUUUUACCAAACAUUUUAAGAAAUUCAUCACUAAGUUUUUAAUUUAAACUCAGGAAAUGAUAAAAUUUCUUCAGAUUCAUCAGCAAAGAGUAAUUUCAUACUUGGUGAAAAAAAAUGAUUCGCAUGUUAAAAAAGUAUAACUUUUAGACUCUUUAUCAUACCUUUUUAUCGACAUCGCUUUAUUAUAAUUAGUUCAUUUGUUGUUGGCCUUUCCAUUUCAUUCACAAUGACGGAACAUGUUGCAUUAUAUUCUCCCCAUGCUGUUACAGAGUAAUUUAAUAUCCUUUGGAUAGCCCUGCUGGUCCUGAUCUGGCCCAGUCACUCAGCUGUGAGAAUAAACAUCAUUUUGCUGAUGCUACAA